GAGGGAGGCCAUGUGCACCCAUACGGAGGGCAGGAGCAAAGACUGGGGCUUGUCCUGUGUUCCUUCGAGGUCCCCCCAUGGCGCGUGGGAGGCAGCUGGGCAGGAUCUGACGUCCCCCGUGUCCCCUCCUGACCUCUUGCAUCCAUAGUCGGUUUCCUAACGUGGUGCCUUGGCACCCGGCCAGCCCUGCCCAGGACUCAGGUAGAACACGGAGGGGGCUUCCACCCAGACUGCUUGACCCUCCUCUUCUUUCUAGGCUCUUAGGCCCUCUCUCGCGGCCCGUGAGCAAUGCCCGCUGAAGUCCGGUCCUUCCACCUCCCCAGUUCUUCCUCUUCUCAAGACCCCCAGACCCCCACUCCCUGGGCUGGCCCUCUCGGCCUCGGCGACGCACGUCUUCCCGAGAGCGUACUUCAUCUUCAUCCAAGUGGCAGGAGCCGCAUCUCUCUGGCUUUGUUUCUGGUCUCUGCCCCCAGUCGCUUGUGGACGUUCGCCCAGGCACCUUUCAGAGAGCCAGGCUUGCGGGCCCUCACUUCGAGGGCUCUGGGAUCGGCAGGGCAGGGCGAGCGGCUGGCCUGGCCUCGGUGGUCCGGGCCGGGGCUCCUCUGGAGCUCUGUCCGCAGGCCCCCGGCACUGCAGCCCCCUUCUGGCUGCCUUCUGUUCACUCUUCCCCCGUGUCCGCCUUUCCCUGGUUCUGAGGAAGAGCCCACCGCUUGCGUUUUCCUUCUCGUGCCUCCCUCACGACCGGUGUCCAGUGCGCUAAGUGACCCGCGUUUAUAAGCUCAUCUUGCCCGGCAAGGAGGCACCUGGAAGCAUCUGCUUAUGAACCGACCCCACAACCUCCCGGGGACCAGACCAGAGACAGUGUCCAGAGCUUGGAAUUCUCAGAGGGACUCCUGGGAUAGCGCCUUUCAAGCUGGAGGGUUGUAGGGCCUGAGACUGUUCAUCUUAGCUGCGCGAUCGAACCCACAGACAAUCAAAAUGUAUUCCUUCAACAUGCAUUUAGGGUCCUUGGUGAAUUUUGUCAUGGUUAUUUAAGGAACCUCGCCUAGAAGUCCCAACGCACAGUUCCCCAUUGACGGGAAGGCUUGGACUCCAAGAUGAUUAUAAAGGAAUAUCGGAUUCCUCUGCCAAUGACCGUGGAGGAGUACCGCAUUGCCCAGCUGUACAUGAUACAGAAGAAGAGCCGUAACGAGACCUUCGGGGAAGGCAGUGGCGUGGAGAUCCUGGAGAACCGGCCGUACACGGACGGCCCUGGCGGCUCCGGGCAGUACACACACAAGGUGUACCAUGUGGGCAUGCACAUCCCCAGCUGGUUCCGCUCCAUCCUGCCCAAGGCGGCCCUGCGGGUGGUGGAGGAGUCCUGGAACGCCUACCCCUAUACCCGAACCAGGUUCACGUGCCCUUUUGUGGAGAAAUUCUCCAUUGACAUCGAAACGUUUUAUAAAACUGACGCUGGAGAAAACCCCAAUGUGUUCAGCCUGUCUCCCGUGGAAAAGAACCAGCUGACGAUCGAUUUCAUCGACAUCGUCAAGGACCCCGUGCCCCCCAACGAGUACAAGACCGAAGAGGACCCCAAGCUGUUCCACUCGACCAAGACCCAGCGGGGGCCCCUGUCCGAGAACUGGAUCGAGGAACACAAGCAGCAGGCCUUCCCCAUAAUGUGCGCCUACAAGCUCUGCAAGGUGGAGUUCCGCUACUGGGGCAUGCAGUCCAAGAUCGAGAGGUUCAUCCACGACACGGGCCUGCGGAAGGUGAUGGUGAGGGCCCACCGGCAGGCCUGGUGCUGGCAGGAUGAGUGGUACGGGCUGAACAUGGACAACAUCCGGGAGCUGGAGAAGGAGGCGCAGCUCAUGCUGUCCCGCAAGAUGGCCCAGUUCAAUGAGGACGACAGGGGGGCCGCGGAGCUGGCCAAGGACGAGACCACCCAGGACCAGGCCCCCAGGGAGCCCCCCCAGGCAAGCAGCGGCAGUGGGGAGUCCCUGGUGGGCAGGGGCCUGAAGAAGCAGUGGUCCACGUCCUCCAAGUCGUCACGGUCGUCCAAGCGGGGAGCGAGUCCUUCCCGCCACAGCAUCUCGGAGUGGAGGAUGCAGAGUAUUGCCCGGGACUCCGACGAGAGCUCGGAUGAUGAGUUCUUCGAUGCUUACGAGGACCUGUCCGAUUCAGAGGACAUGUUCCCCGAGGACAUCAGCAAGUGGAACUCCAAUGACCUCAUGGACAAAAUCGAAAGCCCUGAGCCAGAGGACACACCGGACGGUCUGUACCGCCAGAGCACCCCCGAGUUCAGGGCGGCCUCCAGUGUGGAGCAGCUGAACAUCAUCGAGGACGAGGUCAGCCCGCCGCUGGCCGUGCCGCCCUCCAAGAUCCACGUGCUGUUGCUGCUGUUGCAUGGGGGCACCAUCCUGGACACGGGCGCCGGGGACCCCGGCUCCAAGCAGGGCGACACCAACACCAUCGCCACCGUGUUCGACACCGUCAUGCGCGUGCACUACCCCAGCGCCCUGGGCCACCUGGCCAUCCGCCUGGUGCCCUGCCCGCCCAUCUGCUCCGCUGCCUUCGCCCUCGUCUCCGACCUCAGCCCCUACAGCCACGACGAAGGCUGUCUGUCCAGCAGCCAGGACCACAUCCCCUUGGCCGCCCUGCCCCUGCUGGCAACCUCUUCGCCCCACUACCAGGAGGCCGUUGCCACAGUGAUUCAGCGGGCCAACCUCGCCUACGGGGACUUCAUCAAGUCCCAGGAGGGCGUGACCUUCAACGGGCAGGUCUGCCUGAUCGGGGACUGCGUCGGGGGCAUCCUGGCGUUCGAUGCCUUAUGCUGCAGCAACCAGACGGCGUCUGGGAGUCAGAGCAGCAGCCGCCGGGGCAGUGUGGCCAGUGUGCAGGACACUGACCUGCUGUGCCCGGGCACGACGGUCAAUGCGGCACAUGGCGGCAACCUGGAGAGCAGCCGGCACCUGAGCCGCAGCAACAUCGACAUCCCCCGAAGCAACGGCACGGAGGACCCCAAACAGCAGCUGCCCCGCAAGAGGAGUGACUCGUCCACCUACGAGCUGGACACCAUCCAGCAGCACCAGGCCUUCCUGUCCAGCCUCCAUGCCAGCGUGCUGAGGAAUGAGCCCAGCUCCCGCCGCUCAAGCAGCUCCACCAUGCUGGAUGGCACAGGGGCCGUGGGCAAGUUCGACUUUGAGAUCGCUGACCUCUUCCUCUUCGGGUGCCCGCUGGGGCUGGUCCUGGCCUUGAGGAAGACCGUCAUCCCCUCCCUGGAUGUUUUCCAGCUGCGGCCCGCCUGCCAGCAAGUCUACAACCUCUUCCAUCCCGCCGACCCGUCGGCCUCGCGCCUGGAGCCGCUGCUGGAGCGGCGAUUCCACGCCCUGCCGCCUCUCAGCAUCCCCCGCUACCAGCGCUACCCGCUGGGGGACGGCUGUUCGACGCUGCUGGUCCAGACUGUGCAGAGAAACCCCCAGCUGGUCCUGGAGGGCGGCCCCCUCGUCCCCCUCCCUCACAGGGCUGGCUUCCUGGAGACCAGUAUCCCGUUCCCGCACUCACCUGGCAGGACGGGCCCCGCCCCAGCCCGAGCUCUGCUGAGUGUGUCAGACGCACUGCAGGCCCACGGCACGGUCUUCCAAGAGCACGCGGCCCCCGCCUCGCCCGGCACAGCCCCCACUGCCCGAGGUUUCCGCCGGGCCAGCGAGAUCAGCAUCGCCAGCCAGGUGUCGGGCAUGGCUGAGAGCUACACGGCGUCCAGCGUUGCCCAGAUUGCAGCGAAGUGGUGGGGUCAGAAGCGGAUCGACUACGCCCUGUACUGCCCCGACGCCCUGACGGCCUUCCCCACCGUGGCCCUGCCUCACCUCUUCCACGCCAGCUACUGGGAGUCCACCGAUGUGGUCUCCUUCCUGCUGAGACAGGUGAUGAGGCAUGACAACUCCAGCAUCUUGGAACUGGACGGCAAGGAGGUCUCGGUGUUCACCCCGUCAAAGCCGAGAGAGAAGUGGCAGCGCAAGAGGACCCAUGUGAAGCUGCGGAACGUGACGGCCAAUCACCGGAUCAAUGACGCGGUCGCCAACGAGGAUGGCCCGCAGGUCCUGACAGGCCGGUUCAUGUAUGGGCCCCUGGACAUGGUCACCCUGACCGGGGAGAAGGUGGACGUGCACAUCAUGAUGCAGCCGCCCUCGGGUGAGUGGCUGUACCUGGACACGCUGGUGACCAACAGCAGCGGGCGUGUCUCCUACACCGUCCCCGAGACCCACCGUCUGGGCGUGGGCGUCUACCCCGUCAAGAUGGUCGUCAGGGGAGACCACACGUUUGCCGACAGCUACAUCACCGUGCUGCCCAAGGGCACGGAGUUCGUGGCCUUCAGCAUCGACGGCUCCUUCGCCGCCAGCGUGUCCAUCAUGGGCAGCGACCCCAAAGUGCGGGCCGGGGCCGUGGACGUGGUGCGGCACUGGCAGGACCUGGGCUACCUCAUCAUCUAUGUGACGGGCCGGCCUGACAUGCAGAAGCAGCGGGUGGUGGCAUGGCUGGCCCAGCACAACUUCCCCCACGGCGUGGUGUCCUUCUGUGACGGCCUGGUGCACGACCCGCUGAGGCACAAGGCCAACUUCCUGAAGCUGCUCAUCUCUGAGCUGCACCUGCGCGCGCACGCGGCCUACGGCUCCACCAAGGACGUGGCGGUCUACAGCUCCAUCAGCCUGUCCCCCAUGCAGAUCUACAUCGUGGGCCGGCCCACCAAGAAGCUGCAGCAGCAGUGCCAGUUCAUCACCGACGGCUACGCGGCCCACCUGGCCCAGCUCAAGUACAACCACCGGGCGCGGCCGGCCCGCAACGCGGCCACCCGCAUGGCGCUGCGCAAGGGCAGCUUCGGCCUACCUGGCCAGGGUGACUUCCUGCGCUCCCGGAACCACCUGCUCCGCACCAUCUCGGCCCAGCCCAGCGGGCCCGGCCACCGGCACGAGCGGACGCAGAGCCAGGCGGACGGCGAGCAGCGGGGACAACGUAGCAUGAGCGUGGCGGCCGGCUGCUGGGGCCGCACCAUGGCCGGCCGGCCCGAGCCGGGGGCAGCUGCGGGCCCCAAGUAGGGCUCCGGGAGCAAGGCGCUGUGGUCUCCAUGGUGCUAGGCCGGGGCGGCCC